AUGAGGAAGAGGAAAGUAGCUCGACCAAAGGGAGAGGAAGAGCAGUGGUUGACAAUCAUUUGCCGACUCUUGCCCAGUUCAACUGAUAAGGAAAUUGAAGUCAAGAGGGGCUUGCCACCUGGUGAGAUAGUAGUAGUGCCUAUGCAUGCAACUAUUGGAGACCUAAAGAAAGCAGCUGAAAGUGCACUGAGGGAUACUUCUUUUAUCACAGAAUGGUUUGUGGUUAUCGGAAUCGAAGGCUUGGAUGAAAUGGAGGAUAUGGAAGUACUUUUUGGAGUAGUUGAAUCGGGAGCAGGAGUUGGUGUGAGUGGAAGUGGGAUAGAUUUAGACACGCCUUUGAGGUACGAAGGUGGAUCUGAUACUUGGAUGGUGAGAUGUGAGUGUGGUGCUAGAGAUGACGAUGGGGAGUUAAAGAGGUUAGCUCAAGACUUUUCCAGGAAAACCGAGACCAAGUUUGAUUUCCAUAAAGAAAACGUUUAA